AUGACUAUCGGUGAUUGGAACGGCGAAGCUUUGGCUGCCAUUCUUAAAGCAUUCACUCUCACGAAUAACCCCACCGCCCUCUCCGCGGAAUCCCCAUCAAGCGAUGAGACAGAGCCCUCAGGCUCCUACCAAACAUCUUCAAGCUCCACUGAACCUAUCGUCGUCGUCGCAACUGAUAGUACUCCAUCCACCAUGGAUACCGGCGCUGGUCCGGCUUCAUCCACUAUUGACGCCCAUGGUACUACUUCAACCCCAAUUACCACCACCGAUACUACCUCGUCCACCAUUGCCGCCGCCGCCGGUGCUGCUUCGCCCGCCGUUGCUGCCAUUGCUGCUACCUCGUCCAACACUGCGGAGGCUCCGCUCCCCAUUCUGGGUAAAUCCCGCCGACGUGCUCGUCCUGGUGCCGUUAUGCUCAAGCCUGGCUCGCACUGCGCUGUUCACGGCGGCCCAUGUUACUGCUACCUCCUGGUAAAGGGACAGCGGUUCGGAUACAUGUGGAAGUGGACUUCGGAUCUUGAUAAAAUGGGUGCGGUUGAUCCUGGUAAAAAUGACUUGUCCGGGGAUGGGGAAGGUACUGGUCCGGAUGGUUUGCCUGGAGUCCAUUGCGUCGAGGAAUACGAGGAGGAAAUGACGGAGAUGAUGUGGGAGGUUUUCGACAAUUUUAUACAGAGGAGGGCUGAGCGUAUGAAGCUGCCGAAGAGAUAA